UCCAACUUCAAAAGUAGAGUUGACAGUGCAGUUGUGGUUUUGUUGACACGUAAUAACUUUGACAAUGGACCCCCACGUUGAAGUAAUGCAUGUUAUUCACGAUGGUGCCCCAAAAUUGGAGACAAAAGUGCAAGCACAACCUUCUCCAACGUACAAUAGACGAAAGGACUCACCCACUGAGAUUGCAAUAGGAAAUUCUAUGAUUGACAAUAUAUGGGCUGAAAGGCAGCAGAAAAACCCUCGACUGUUUAACGGGACUAAAUUCCGGCUUCAUGGUGUCCGUGAUUCGGGAACUUCUGGAGAAAUUGUUGAACUAUUGGUUGGAGUAACUGAUUACAAGGAAUAUCUUGGUACGAACUGGUCUCCAAAAGUAAACGAACUGAAAGAAGAUGGCCAACGUCUACACAAUAACUCCCAGACAUUCCUAUCAGAUGCUCUAGGCGUUGGUGCAUUUGUGGUAACAAAGGACAAUUGCAUGAUUCUACAAAGAAGAAGCCCUCAUCUUGCUGAAGCCUCUGGUCUGUGGGAUGUUCCUGGCGGACAUGCUGAACCUUGUGAACUUGUUGGUGACCUUUCAUUGCUUGACAUAGAUGUGUCUUCAAUGUGUGGUAAGGAAGUUGUUCAUGAGAUUUUCUCUUCGAUUUUGAGAGAGGUGGUGGAUGAGGUCAAUAUCCCAGCAGAAUGCUUAGAACCUCCAAGGUACCUCGGAACUGCAAAAAACACCUCAAGUGCUGGAAGGCCGAGCAUGGUGUUUGAAAUUAGGAGUACCCUGACCUGUGAUGAAGUUCUUGCACGAUACAAUGAAGGCAAUCAGUCAGAGGCAGACGAGUCAACCAACAUCACUUUUAAACCUGUGAACACAAUUCAUAACCUUCAGACUGAGGACCCGCAGUUCUGGUCUAGUAUGGCCCCUUCAGCUAAAGGAAAUAUUACUGUUUAUUGUCUAGCCUACGGGUUGCGAACGUUUUGAAAAGUCUCAAUUUGCAUGCUGAAUUCAUCCUAUAACAGUGGGCUACAAAGGUUGUUUUAAAUAAUUAUGUGGGAUACAGAGGCGGAAUCUUUCUCAUCUACAGCAGUAGUGUUGGUUAAUCUAAUCUGAUUUGAUACCAAUGUGAUAUUAUCUGGAACAAAGAUGUAAAACCUGAAGGGCUUCCAAGCUUGAUCGUUCACUUUGUUAUUCUAUAUACUUGCAAGAACAGAAAUACCUUUUGUGAUUGUUAUUCUGUGCUGCCUUGUUUCUAUCUUGAACGUUUUGCAUUGCUUUUAUUACAUUUUUAUAGUUGUCGUACUUUAAACACCUUGCCUUGUUUACAAGAUACUCUUUGGCUUUGUUGGGAAAUUGUCUUAGUGAGCACCAUUUUUCUUUGAAUCGGUCUUUGCUGUUUGAGAAAACAAUCUUUUUUAAUAAUAAUAUUAUUUUUCCUGAGGUUUUGCAAAGUGAUUGUAAUAUUAGUUAGAAGUUAUUAUUUUGUUGUCAUUAUGGUGAAGCAGAACUUUGCAUCUGAAUAACUUGGAUUUUUAAAAUUGUUUUACGCACUGUGAUCGCUCUCUUUGUCUCCCAUGGGGAUGGUGGAAAGUUCUGUUAAUGGAGAUAAAUUAAAAAUUAAGGGCUCAGUACAUGUACCUUAAUUUGAAAUGUUGGUCAGGGUCUGUUUUCGGAGGUAUAAAUGUGUCAGUCAUGCUUACUGAUACAAAAGUCGUGAUUUGGAUUGUAAAUGGUUGAAUUUGGCUGAUUUAUGCAACUGGUGUGAUGAUAUUGAGCGUAUUUUUGACCCCGACGGCCACCCCCACCCAUCUUCGUGAAGAAUCAAAUCCUGAGUGUUAGUGCUAAACCUUUAGGCUGUUGGCCUUACAACGUUGUGGGUUUUAACCCCGUCAAGGAAAGGCACUUUACACAAAUUUUCCUCACUUCUCCCAGGUGGGAAUGUGUACCAGGCUAUAAACAGCAAAAGAUCUUAUCAGUAUGUUAGUAUUUAAGCAGUUAAUCGGCUUCUUGCUCUGUAUGCUUUCUGGGAAGCAGAGAAUGUUUCUGUGUGUUCUAAGGUCUACUGGGAAAUAAUAUAGAUUGGAAGGUGCAUUGAGCUUGCUGUUGAGCGGGGAUAGGCGUUAUAUAAGUGCCAUUUUAAAAUUAUUUAUUAUUGUUUAUUGUUCCUGUUAUCAAUCGUGCAGCUCAAGAGUUUUGACUCUCUGGCCCUGUGCUAUAUGCUUUGCAAAUACAGAUGUAGCACUGUUGUUGCGAUAGACAUAUCAUCGCUUUUGUCAGAAAAAUGAGUCACUCCUUUGUGACCCCGCUUUACAGGGUCAGUACAAUAACUUUUGAGUGUUUCAAUUUUCUUUUGCUAUUUGGAUGAUAUAAUCUUGUUUAGAUAAUUUUUAUCUAGCUUGCUUUGUUAUUUCUUGGGACAUUUGAAUGUUGGGUGCUUGACUGCAUGAAGACGUUUGUGUCGGGUACUUUCGUUAUUAUUUAGCGGGAUUUGUUUCAGUCUGUCUUGUUUGUUGAUUUAUUUUCUAGUCCUUGUUAGACUAAACAGAAGGUCUUUGAAGAAAACAAUUUUAAAAUGCAGAUUUGAUGGGAAACCUGGUGACUGUUUACAAGCUAUACAGCGUUAUUCCAAAUGCAGCAAUUUCAAAAUUAUUACAGUAGAACAUGACUAUAGCAGCACCCGCUACAGCGGGACCAUCCCUACAGCAGGACCUUACCGGAACCCCCGUUUUUUUUCUAUGUAAACUCAAUUACCUGUGCUCGGGUUUAGUGGGAUAAGAAAAGGCCGAACUCAGAUACAGCAGGAGAGAUCGAGCAAGGUUUAGCUGGAGGGAAGGGGUUUGGGGGACUUUAGGCGGGCUCCAAACAGGCAGUCAGCAGUGCAGUGUUGUGAUUGGCCAGUCCAGUGAUGAGUGAAGUGGGGCAGGCGGCCGAGAGAGAUGGUGUGGAGAGACGCGUUACGUGAGCCACUCCAAAAGUGAUGUGCCGUAUCUUAGACGCUCAGUAUGAGAGCGUAUAGGCCAUAGCCCUAGGCUAGACCAAAAAGUAAAAGAAGAGGAGAGCUUGUCGUGUUUAAUUCCUCAUUAAUUGAAUUGCAAUCCCUGAUGCUCACUUAGGCAUACACCCGCAUCCGCUUCACCAGUUUUACAGUAGGCCUACCCGUACGAUAGACAACAGAAGCAUCAAGGCCGAGGAAAAAGUGGCUUCCAACAAAGACAAAAGGAAAUGCUUCUCACUCGAAUUAAAGGCCAAGAUAAUGAACGAAGUUGACAAG